ACCAAUUAUUAUAAUGUCUGGCGUAUGGAUAUUUGACAAGAAAGGUGUUGCCCAUUUGAUCAAAAAUCCUACUCGUGAGUCCUUCGAGCUAAAACAACCAACAUAUCCAGGCACAGGUACAGUCACUGCACCUGGAGCACGCCCUCGGGUGUUGGUGUACCUACCAGAGAAUGAGAUGAUAAGUUCCUAUGAAGAACUAGAGAAGAGACUCAUUGAACUCGGGUGGACCCGAUUCAACAACCCGAUGAAGUCGGAUCUUCUGCAGUUCCAUAAAUCAGAUGAUUCUGCACAUCUCAUUUCACUUCCAAAGAGCUUUACAAACUUCAAAUCACACCAGAUGUAUGACAUUGUUGUCAAGAAUCCAUCGAUUUUUGAAGUCCGUGAUGUUAAAGUGUGUGAUCAUCUCAUCUGA